CGAUCGCCGGGGUCAAAGGGAACUGGGGGCGGAGUUUCCCUCACGGCCUUAUAGUCUGUUCCCAUGAUCCUCUCCUUCUCUCCGCCAUCUUCGCCCUUCCCUGCCGGCUGCCAGCAUGAAGGUCGAGCUGUGCAGCUUCAGCGGGUACAAGAUCUACCCCGGACACGGGAGGCGCUACGCCAGGACGGACGGAAAGGUUUUCCAGUUCCUAAAUGCAAAAUGCGAGUCCGCGUUCCUCUCCAAGAGAAAUCCUCGGCAGAUAAAUUGGACUGUCCUGUACAGAAGAAAGCACAAGAAGGGGCAGUCGG